CUCAUCUGGAUCCAUUGCAGUGGAAGUUGCAGCCAGAAACGAGGUGGGAAGAAAGGAACUUCUGACUGGCAGUCUUUUUUUGUUGUUGUAACUAACGACACCUUAUCAAAAACCCACAAAUACACUUACGGGGAUACACAACCUAUACGUUCUGCAGUUGCAGAAACCUUUGUUAUUGCAAUGAAGUGUAUUGACGUGCCACAGUGAAGAGGCCCCUUUGACAGUUGAUGGACUAAUGGCACCAGAGUGACAUCAUGGCCCUGAUGAUACCUCCAGUGAAGCUCAAAUGGCUGGAGCACCUGAACGGCUCGUGGAUCACGGACGACAGCGAGUCCAUCUCCACGCGGGAGGGCGUGUCCGUGCUCUACUCCAAGCUGCUCACCAACAAAGAGGUGGUCGUCCUUCCCCAGCAGGUGUUGUGUCUGAAGGGACCCCAGCUGCCAGACUUUGAGCGUGAGUCCCUGUCCAGCGAUGAACAGGAACACUACCUAGACGCACUCCUCGGCAGCCAGAUGGCGUUGGCCAAGAUGGUGUGUUCCGACUCUCCCUUCGCCUCCGCUCUCCGCAAACGCCUGCUGGUUCUUCAGAGGAUCUUCUUCGCUCUGUCCAACAAGUACCACGACAAGGGCAAAGUCAAGCAGCAGCAGCACUCACCCGACAACAACUCCGGAUCGUCCGACCUGCACUCCGUCAGCGAACGUCCGCGGUCCAGCACCGAUGCUCUGAUCGAGAUGGGGGUCCGAACGGGCCUCAGUCUGCUGUUCGCUCUGCUCCGGCAGAGCUGGAUGAUGCCGCCGCCGCCGGGCCCCGGAGGACUCAACCUCUGCAACGACGUCAUCCACACGGCCAUGGACGUGGUCUCGUCCCUGCCGCCCCUCUCCUUGGCCAACGAGAGUAAGAUCCCCCCGAUGGGUCUGGACUGCCUGACCCAGGUCACCGCUUUCCUGAAGGGAGUGACCAUGCCAAACUCCGGGGCGGACGUCUUGGGUCGGAGGCUGGCGUCGGAGCUGUUGCUGGGCCUGGCUGCCCAGAGGGGGUCCCUGAGGUACCUUCUGGAGUGGGUGGAGAUGGCCUUGGUGGCGUCCGCCGUGGUCAGCACCAUGGAGAAGAUGAAGGCGUGUCUGCUGAACCAGGAAGGGCUGAUUGGAUACGACUGCUUCAUGAACAUCCUCAUGCAGAUGAGACGUUCCCUGGGCUCGUCAGCAGACAGGAGUCAGUGGAGGGAACCGACUCGGACAUCAGACGGGCUGUGCUCUUUGUAUGAAGCAGCUCUCUGUCUGUUCGAAGAGGUGUGCAGGAUGGCGUCAGACUACUCCCGUUCCUGUGCCAGCCCAGACAGCCUCCAGACCGGCGAGGCUCCCAUGUUGUCAGAGACGUGUGAGGUGUACGUCUGGGGCAGUAACAGCUCCCACCAGCUGGUGGAGGGAACACAGGAGAAGAUCCUCCAGCCCAAGUUGGCACCCAGCUUCGCCGACGCACAGACGAUUGAGGCAGGCCAAUAUUGCACCUUCGUCAUCUCUUCUGACGGCUCUGUCAGAGCCUGUGGUAAAGGCAGCUACGGCAGAUUGGGUCUGGGAGACUCCAACAACCAAUCGUCUCUCAAGAAGCUGACCUUUGAACCUCACCGCGCCAUCAAAAAGGUGACGUCUUCGAAGGGGUCGGACGGACACACACUGGCCUUCACCACGGAGGGAGAGGUGUUCAGUUGGGGAGACGGGGACUACGGAAAGUUGGGGCAUGGGAACAGCUCCACACAGAAGUACCCCAAACUCAUCCAGGGACCUCUGCAGGGAAAGGUGGUGGUGUGUGUGUCAGCGGGCUACCGACACAGUGCAGCGGUCAGUGAGGAUGGAGAGCUCUACACGUGGGGUGAAGGAGACUUCGGGAGAUUAGGUCACGGAGACAGCAACAGCAGAAACAUUCCUACUCUGGUCAAAGACAUCAGCAACGUAGGAGAGGUGUCUUGUGGGAGUUCUCACACCAUAGCUUUGUCAAAAGAUGGCCGCACCGUGUGGUCCUUCGGAGGGGGAGACAACGGGAAACUGGGGCAUGGAGAUACAAACCGUGUCUAUAAACCCAAAGUAGUGGAGGCCUUGCAGGGGAUGUUCAUAAGGAAAGUGUGUGCUGGAAGCCAGUCCUCCCUGGCCCUGACCUCCACUGGACAGGUGUAUGCCUGGGGCUGCGGGGCCUGCCUGGGCUGUGGCUCCUCUGAAGCCACAGCACUGAGACCCAAACUGAUUGAGGAGUUGACAGCGACCAGGGUGGUCGACCUCGCCAUAGGAGACAGCCACUGUCUAGCUCUCUCACACGACAAUGAGGUGUAUGCUUGGGGUAACAACUCCAUGGGUCAGUGUGGCCAGGGUAACUCUACUGGUCCCAUCACCAAGCCGAAGAAGGUGGUUGGUCUGGACGGUGUGGUCAUCCAACAGAUCUCAGCUGGUACCUCCCACAGCCUGGCAUGGACCGCUCUGCCCAGGGACAGACAGGUGGUAGCGUGGCACAGACAUUGGGAGCAUCACAAACUUCCUGAAACUCUGCCUGUCGACUGCUGUCCAAUCACCUGGCUUUGGCUCUGGCCGGGGAGUGGCCACCAGUAUCCUAGGGCGACAGGCCCUGUCCCCUCCGGAACCUUCUUCUUCAGACUGAUGGAUUCCUCUGUUCCUGAUGAGAUCCAAGAGGCUGUGAUUGAGACUCUGUCUGUGGGGGCCACUAUGCUGUUACCUCCUCUGAGAGAGAGGAUGGAGCUUCUCCACUCCCUGCUGCCCCAGGGACCUGACAGAUGGGAGAGUCUGUCUAAAGGACAGAGGAUGCAACUGGACAUCAUUCUGACUUCGCUCCAGGACCACACCCACGUAGCAUCCCUCCUGGGGUUCAGCUGUCCCCGAGGCCCCGAGGCCCUGGCCUCCUCCUGCGGCCUGGACCCCUCCUACGGAGCCCCCGGCACCAACCCUGACACACACCUGGCUGAGAUCCUAAUGAAGACCCUGCUCAGGAACCUGGGCUUCUACACGGACCAAGCGUUUGGGGAACUAGAGAAGAACAGUGACAAGCUGCUCCAGGGAACGUCUUCCUCAGACAGCAGUCAGCCGGCCCAUCUCCACGAGCUGCUCUGCUCCCUACAGAAACAACUGCUGGCAUACUGCCACAUCAACUGUGUUACUGAGAACUCCAGCAGUGUGGCUCUGCUCCAUAAGCACCUCCAGCUGCUGCUGCCCCACGCUACAGACAUCUUCUCCCGCUCCGCCACCCUGCUGCAGGAGAGCUCCUGGAACGGCAGCAUCAGAGAGAAACUACGAGGUGUGAUCUACGUGUCAGCAGCAGGCAGUAUGCUGUGUCAGAUCGUCAACAGUCUACUACUACUACCAGUGUCUGUAGCCAGACCUCUGCUGAGCUACCUGCUAGACCUGCUGCCUCCUCUAGACUGUCUCAACAGACUGCUGCCUGCUGCCACACCGCUGGAAGACCAGGAGCUGCAGUGGCCUCUACAUGGUGAGGAGAUAGAGCUGUAG